AUGAGAAGGGUACUGAAUGACUGUAGAUGAGACAUUGUGCAAGACAUCAAGGGGAUGCCUAAAUCUGUGAGAUCGAAAAACACAGAUCUUGGAUCAGAUGCCCUCACAAUCAGUGCACCAGACCUUGGGCAGCGCCAAUUUCUCUGGUCAUUCGUUUCAACCGCGUUCAAAACAUUUUAGACUGCACUGGAUCAGUCACGCAUUCAGGCAACUAACUCUGUGCCAAGCGUCGUCGCUCUCGGUGCCAUCUCAUCCGCGAGAGGUUGCUGAAUGGGCAAGGCAGCGCUUCUAUGAGGAGACCGCCAAGCCUGAUGAGCACAUCACACUGGCCAAGGCAUGCAUGCUCAUUGCUCUGGAGGAUGAAGCCGCGGCAGUUGUGGAUGAGCAGGAGAGCAGAGCGAGGACGUCCAGAAUAGUGGACAACUUUGUAGGCGGGAACAUGGGAAAUGAGACUCACCUGUACCCUCCACGGGAGAUUGGCAGCGCAUCCACUUGGAGCCUAGAGCGAUUGGAUGCGCUGGCAGCAGAAGCAGCUGCGCUGUUCCGGACUCGCUGCCUCAUGGGGCCUGCUCCAGUGAAGCCCAGGGACCCCCCACCGCCACUGGAGCCCAAGCCUCGUAGGAGAAGCACCUCCCUCCAUCUCCACCCAGACUCUGCAGCCACCAGGGGAAAUGGCCAGGGCACUGCUGACAGCAAGGCCAACGCAAGCAGUGCUGAGAAUCAGCAGCAGAGCACGGGGAGAGGAACUGGGUCAGUUCCCAACUCGCCGGUGAGCGAGAGCGGUAGAUUGGAUGAUGGGUCUGUUGGAGCGUCUAGGAGCAGGGUCAAUGGCCUCAACAGCAGAAAAGGUCGGAGGCAGAAACAGGGGCGGCAAGGGGGGCCGGGCACGGCGGACACAGCAGAACUGAGCAGUAGCGGGGAGGAGCAGCGGCGCCAGAGCAGGCCGCGGGCGCAUGAGCAGCACAGACUCGGGCCGGUGAGGGGGGUGCGCUCGCCGGUGUGCGAUUACCCGGUGCAGGCACUGGCGGCCGUGAACGACGUGCUGUUUGAGCGGCAUGGCUACCGCCGCAUGACCCGGCAUGGCGACCCCAGGGACAGCCAGCUGAGCACGGUGCUGGAGAGGGGCACGGGGGGCUCUGCAGCGCUGGCAAUCCUGUACAUGGAGGUGUGCGAGCGAAUAGGCCUGCGCAUGGCCGCGCGGCCGCUGGAGGGGGGCCGUUACUUUGUGCUGUGGCCCACCGACGCCCCCCUGCGCAGCUGCGGCCAGCGCUUCGUCGUCGACGCCUACAGCAAGGGCGCCCUCUUUCUCCUGGACGAGAUCUGCCAGGUGUUUGAGCAUGAGGGGCCCAGCGACGAGCUGCUGACCAACCCGGCGACCAAGAGGGAGAUCCUGGCAGCGCUGCUGGCCACGCUGAGAGACACCCACUGGGCCGCCGCGGUCGGCUGCCAGCCGGAGCCGGGCCUCAUGGUGCCUGUGUCCCUGUCCACCGCCCUGGGCAGCACCGGCACCAUUGCACAGAUCACUGGCAUGAACAUGGAGCGAGCCAUUGCUGCUGCAGAGCGCAGGGCCUACCUGCUGCCAGGAUGCAGGAGCACCCAGUUGGAGCUAUGCCUCCUGUAUUAUUUUGCUGGACACCACAAUGAUGCAUGGGAGGAGCUGAAGAUGAUGCAAGGAGACCACACUGCUCCAGCGGCAGCUCAUCAAGAGGCCCUCUUGCUGCUCUUCAUGCAGAAGCUGAACCUGUGCAGAAGCAUGGAGAGCACUGAUGCCUGA